GGUUCAACUCCUUUAUCCCCAGACGUUCAAGGUUUAUGAGGUUUGGUGAGGCCGUAAUAACGACGUUUGAGGCGACACACACAUACAUGGUAAUUGUGAUGUUAUAUUAACGUUUGUCGAAUGCUAUAUAUGCAAUGAUUAAAUAGCUGAGAUACUUUACAUAGUUGUGGUAACACUCUCACUGCGGGGGUAUAGUCAACGAAAGAAUGCUCAAAGGAAGAAGCUAGUCCGCUGAUGGGUUCAUGGCAGCCGAUCAUUGACCUCCAAUUUGAAAACUCAUCUGAAGAGAUAGAACAAGCGAUACGACUUGAGUGACGCAGUGUAUCCACUAUGAGCCCCCCCCCCCCAGUCCACUGUGAGCUGAGUGGACCUGACGUCACACCGCUGCUGGCUGCUGGUGAUCGGUGACACAUCGCCUCCCUCGCCUCUCUACUCGUUGCUCUCGCCAUUGUGUGGAGGAGGUCUCCGCGUGUCUCUGGUCCGCGAUCAGAGACGGGAGUGUAGGGAACAACUGGAAGCAGCAGCGUCGUCGAUGUCCGUCCGCACCGCCUCGUCUGAACCCUUUCACCAACACCCAUUCAGGAUUUGAAAACCCUCAGACCGAACUACAUGUGAUCCAUGUGGGGCCCGGGCGUGAAGAGGAAACUGGAGCAGGACCAGGAUGGUGAGGAGGAGGAUGGGGGAGGGGAGCGGCCGCCCCCCCCAAGGGUGCCUGGCUUCUCCUCACGGGCGUCCUAUGCGCUGCAACGGCAGAUGGUGCUCAACAUCUCCCUGGUGAAGCUAUACCGCCCGCCGGCGGGCCGGGCCGACCCGGGCCUGCAGCGCCGCAUCCUCAUUAGCAACGUCAUCCGCCGUAUCCACGAUGAUCUGCGGCGCGAGGGGGGCGUCCGGGCGCUCUUCCUGGCCGCGCCGCCACCGGGCGUCGCCGAGCUCGACGAGGAGAAAGACGGGUGCUACCUUGGACCGCCUCCUCCUCCCCCCGCCUCGCAGGCCUCCUCCUUUGGGCCCUCAGGGCCGGAGACCUGCUUGACGCCCGCCUCGCUCCUGGAGGAGGACCCGCCCCCUUUCUUCACCCUGCCGCCCUCUCCGUCCUUCUCCUCCUCCUCCUCCUCCUCCCCCCCUCACCCGCUCCCCCCCCAGUCCCCCCCCCAGCACCUCCACCCGUCCCAGCCGGUGGACUUCUCCUCUGCUCCGCCCUCGCCGCCGCCUGAAGACAGCUUCUCCUCAGCCCUGGAGGAGAUCGAGGAGCUGGACUCCUCCUCUUCCUCCUCAGACUCUAGUGCCCCUCCUCCCCUCGUUCCCCUGCCCACCUCCAGCCCCCCUGGGGAACCGCUGGCAGGGGCCCCGGGCCCCGGAUGGGACAGGGACAUGGAGGUGGAGGCGGAAAGACGGGUGGAGAUGGAGGAGGGGGAGGAAGAGGAGGAGGAGGAGGAGGAGGAGAGGGAACUGAUGGAAUACCGCCCAACCUCCCCACCCCGCUCCACCGCCCUCGCCCGGCGCCCGGUGGUCCCGUCGGGGGGCUUCCUGACAGACUUCGCCAUGGACGAUGUGCUCUUCACGGACAUCGACACCUCCAUGUACGACCUGGGGCCCUGCGGCCCCCAGGCUGCCGGGGCGGGCCCCGGGGCUGGCGCGGGGCCGACCAAGGUGGCGGCCGACGACAUGUUGGUCAGAGCCAUCUCGGGCUACGGUGGCGGGGCCGGGGGCCACCAGGGCCAGCCCUUCAGGAUGGACCUUGCCGAGCUGGACCACAUCAUGGAGGUCCUGGUGGGCUCCUGAGGGCCCGAGCUGGAUCACAUCAUGAAGGUCCUGGUGGGCUCGUGAGGGCCAGAGCUGGACCACAUCAUGGAGGGUCUGAGCUGGACCACGUCAUGGAGGGUCUGAGCUGGACUACGUCAUGGAGGGGCCGGUGGGUUCCCGAGGGCCUGGGGUUUUCUUGAGGGCCUUUGGGUGCCUGAGGGCCAUUGUACUCCUGAGGGCCGGUUGGUUCCUGAGGGCUCGCUGGUCUCCAUAGGGCCGGUGGGUUCCUGAGGGCCCGUUGGUCUCCUUAGGGCCUGCUGGUCUCCAGAAGGCCGGUUGGUUCCGGAGGGCCUGCUGGUCUCCAGAGGGCCGGUUGGUUCCAGAGGGCCCCGUGGUCUCCAGAGGAGUGGUGGGUUACUGAGGGCCGGUGGGUUCCUGAGGGCCUGGUGGGCCCCUGAAGGCCUGGUGGGUUCCCUGAAGGCCAGUGGGUUCCUGAGGGCCGGUGGGUUCCUGAGGGCCUGGUGGGUUCCUGAGGGCCGGUGGGUUCCUGAGGGCCCAGUGGGUUCCUGAGGGCCGGUGGGUUCAUGGGGGCCGGUGGGCUCCUGAGAGCCAGUGGGUUCCUGAGGGCCGGUGGUCUUCUGAGGGCCGGUGAGUUCAUCGGGGGCCGUCGGGCUCCUGAGAGCCGGUGGGUUCCUGAGGGCCGGUGGUCUCCUGGGCGCUGGUGGUUUCAUGGGGGCCUGGAGGGUUCCUGAGAGGCCCCUGUCGGCCCGGUGGGUUCUUGAAGAAAAGCGCUGAAGGUGUUCUCAAUGUUGGGAAGAUGUUUUUUUUUUACAACCUGAAUGAGUUGAGAGAUUGUGUUGCACACUAAUAGAUUAUAUUAGAAUCCAUCUUACUGGGAGUCUGUCAACAUGCGUUUAUCUACUGGAAAUGUAUGCUAAACAAGCCACACAGAAACUUAUGAGUCAACAGGUAGAGCUUGUGAGGGAGGUGCAGUCUAAAGCAACAACAGAGCACUGAGUGACUCAUCUACAUCACUUUUGAAAUGUUGUCUCCUAGUUUGACCACAAAGGCUAUCAUCAUGACAGCAUCAAGAUGAGACCAUGGUCUGUUUUCGUCCUCUAGAUAGCGGCAAACUGACAUGAGUGCUGGUGUAGUCUAGAGUUCCUCCUUGGGGGGGAAAACUCAGUUUUUCACGAGCAGCUUAAUCGACACAAGCAAAUGAAACCAUCAACAUGCUAAUGUAGCUUUAGCAGACCCAAGUAUUUCAAACAUGUCAGUUGCCUCUCUUCUCAUACUUUCUUUAUAAGCUUUAUGACAUGCAAAGUCUUAGGAGAUAGUCGAGCCUUUUAAGUGAAGUUGCUCGAGACUAGUGUCCUGUUGCUAGUACAAUGCCAGCUUUUACAACUUUUUACUUUUCAAAGCUUUUUACACCACUGGAAAUAGAUUACUGUGUAAUUUGUGUGUUCUUAACAAUGCAUAACACUCGGUUAAUACCCAGGUUAUAGAAUGGAAUAAGGCCAUAUAAAUGUUGGUCAUUCUUUUCUGUGGCUAUUUCAGAAUUAUAUGAUAACCUUUUGUACAGACUGCUUGCAUAAAGAGGGAUUGUCAAGAGGAUUUCUAAUGAAAAGAGUGCCUUUAUUGGAGGUAUUGCCAGUCUUUACCAAAUGUUUAUUUUGCCAAUGUUCUUUAGCGACAAUAAAAAAAAUGAAGAGUUAUAUCCUAUAAACUA